AUGCCAUUCUCCCUCCCGCACACGCUCAAGGGCGCACAAUUAAAGCAAAUAGCAUUCAAAUGCGGCAUCUCGACAUCAGGCACGAAAUCUGUGCUUAUUCAGCGUCUGCAGGAUGAAAUCAACCAGAGCGCGAGAGAGAGCGAGUGCAAGAGCAAGAGCAAGAGCAAGCCGCUUAGGAUCUUGAGCAUUGAUAUGGGGAUUAGGAAUCUGGCGUAUUGUAUACUUGAUGUACCGGCUCGUCGGGGUCUGCUGCCACGAGUGGAGACUGGAGCUGGAGUUGGAUUGCAGAGGAAGAGAGCAUUGCCGUCUAUCCAUACGUGGCAUCGACUCGCUGUAUCUAGUCCUCCUCCUCCUCCGACUGCAGCUCUUCCAACUGAUGGUGAGGAGUCGACUGAGAAGAUUCCGGUAAUUAAAGAAGCGUUCGAUCCUUCGACCCUGUCACAGGCUGCGUACACUCUCCUACGCACGCAGAUCCUCCCUGCGAAUCCGACACAUGUUCUGAUUGAGCGCCAGCGCUUCAGGAGUAUGGGCUCGAAACAUAUAUUGGAGUGGACGGUUAGGGUUAAUAUGUUUGAGAGUAUGGUUUAUGCGGUGCUUUGUACGUUGAAGGGGGAGGGGUUGUGGGAUGGGUGUGUGAGGAGUGUGUUGCCGGGGAAGGUUGGGCCGUUUUGGGUUGGGGAGGAGGGUGAUGGUGAGGAGGGUGAGGGUGAGGGUGAUGGUGCGGAGGUGGAGGUAGAAGUGGAGGAGAAGGGGAAUGGGAAGGGCAAGGGGAGGAAGAAAGUCAGGAGGAGUAAGAGUGCGAAGAUUCGGAAUAAAGGCGCGAAGAUUGAUCUUGUGAGGAGCUGGCUUGAGAGUGGAGAUGUGGUUCAGCUUGGGAAUGAAGAGGUCAAGGAGAUGGCGAGAAGGUAUGUGGAGAAAUGGGAUAGGGUGCCUGGGGGGAGGAAGGGGGUUGCAAAGGUCGAGGGGGAGGAGAAGAUGGGGAAGUUGGAUGAUCUGGCGGAUUGUUUGUUGCAGGGUAUGGCGUGGGUUGAGUGGGAGGAGAAUAAGAGGAUUGUCAUGAAGCAUGGAGUAGAAGCUCUUUUGGAUCCUUGACCUGGCCAAUCUCUCUCAACUCUACUGUCAAACUUUCUUAGUAGAGCUGUGAUGAGCGGAAUGUUAACAGCGCGCACGAGAUGGGGACAUCGAACAAGCGAAUGGGUUGCCAUUGUUUUCUGCUCGAUGGGUUUGAGCUUAGGUACCCGAGACAUUUUUUAUCAGUGGCAGUGGAAGGCAGCAGAAGCAAUUCUUAUCCGGGCAUCGUUUCCGAUCGGUCAGCCUGUGCUCUAUUCAGCGCCCUCCCUCCAGGCCUCCUUCUCUCGCUUCCCUCGCCUUGGCUCCAAACCCCAGCUGAUGUAAAGCCAACUCACGUCCAGAACAGCAUUUGGGAGACAUUUUUUGGGAGACAUUUCCAAGUCACUCUCGCUUAAGAAAAGGAGUUACCAAACAUCACGUGGAGUCCUUUGAAGAGUCGAUCUUCCUUUUCAUUUCUGGAUUCAGGGAAAUAAGUAAGCUCAGAAGUAAUGUCUUUAUUGACGCAAGUCUCUACAUCUUGCCAUCAUCGUUGGACUUUGCGAAUAUUUGCUUUGGUCCUUCCUUUGCAGUUGAACAUGGUUGGUUGGACCUGCCUUCACUACAAACGGCAAUCAACUCGUCACCGCUAUUUCAACCCUUCAACUCUUCAAUUCAUUACAAACCUUCACACAUCGUCUAGGAAGGACAUCAUACGACUUUCAAUCUGCUUUGUUACUGGCAAUUGCAUGUUCAGGAUCCUUGCAAUUGCAGCAGCCUCUCAGCAUUCCUCUUUCGAGCGGAGCAACCUCCGGAUUCCGCGCACCCAACGGAUCUUAAUUUGAAGGAAAAAAAGCAAUUGGAUCUCCGAAACACCUCGACAACUGCCUGGGGGCAGGUCUUUCAAAAUCCGCUAAAGAAAGAUGGCUUCGCCUAGCCCAUGCUGUACAACCAGCACCAUAGAUCCUGGCCUCCUCGUUUCUCUCGUACGGUUACACUGUAGCCCAUGGUAUGGAUUCUCCGGUUACACAACAACUUCGGCCGCUUCUGUGACCAUCGUCUGAUCCGCGCAACAGCACCGUCAAUCUACAGCCAACGAACAUACCGUAGCAAGGUCCAAAAUCUCCUCCUAAUCGCGGGUGCUGCCGCAAGCCUUUCGACUUUCCCACUACCAAUGCUGCUUCAUUACUUCUGAGCUCUGGUGACGGUACCAGGAUGAGGCGAAAGAGGUCUCGCACGAGGUUGGCACUAGUGAGUCGAUGCCCUGACAUUCAAUUUGUGAACAGCAUGUCCAAGCAUCUAUCAGAACGUUACUUCGGCCAACUCCGCCUCAAUGAUCCAAAGAUAUCACAUCCAGUACGCCUUCAAUGUGAUAAGUUCCGGCAUGGGAGGCACGGGCCGUAACAGGGCUCAAGGUUAGUCUUCGGCCGCUGAAGAUUCUUCAAGACGUCUGUCAACCGCCUCUCUCAUGCAAUAUCAUCCCAAAAUGGUUAGCAUGGAGCCAUGGUCUCAUCGUAGAGUCCACCUACCCGGUUGAUGAACCCUUGACGUCGUCCUGCCAGAUCCAGUCUUGUACUCCAUUUCACGCCACGCAGAAGCUAGCAUAAAGACGGUCACAUAUCACAACAUGGCAGUGGCUGGUGUUACUGCCUCUAGCUUGACAAGGCCGAAGUUUCUAUAUUUCACAUCUGCAGCCCGCUCAACACGAUCCAAAAUUUCUUUGUGGCAACAAAGGAUCCUGGCUCGAAAGAUGUUGUACUCCCAACGGGCUUUUUUUGUCGGAUUUGCGCGAACGUGAUCGGUGUUGUUGGAUGUCCUAUACCAUCUCGACCAUCACCCACUCGGUCAACAUGUUUUCAAACUUGCCAAGAGAUAUUCGUUUGUCUAUGUGUAUUAGCUGCCGGAGUUGCAGCACACAAAGAGUAGCAGUAGCCUUCUGAAGGGCACGUCUUGCAUUGCCGAGAGUAAGUAGACGUGGAUUCCGAGUAUUUACAGACUCAAAGGCAUCUCCCAGAAGUACAUGGGUCCACUCCAAAUGGAUGAUCAUAUCCACAGCGAUGCAGAUAACGACGUCAAUCCAACAGGGAAGUCUUCCGUAGCAGAUCCUCAAAUAACCUGCUGCUUAAGCAUAGAUACAUGCUAUAUCCCGGUCCAUUGUUUGUUCUUUGACAGGUCUCUGACUCUCAGUUACAGUCGAUUUGCUAUUUCCUUCUUGUAACUUAUCAUUCAAGCUUUCCGAUUAUCCGCGGUGCCGAUUUACUAUUAUUAAAGUGCACCCCUUUGUAAGUCAGGUUACACCACCCACUUCAGGCCGAACAAAGAAUAUUGUAGAAGUCACAAAGUCUUCGUUUCGUUUGCCACGGUAUUUCAGUCCAAUCUUUCGCCUUGUCCCUUAUUCAUACAACAUAUAUCCCCUCAGCAGCACACCAAAACGCCCAUUUGGGCCAAAACAAUCGUUUACAUUCGUCACGACACGAUAUCUCUAUUGACAUCCCGCGUCAUACUUCGAGUAUAAGCUCCUAUUCGGUUUCAAGGCAACAUCACUAAUUUCUUGAUCUGAAAAAUCAACCCUGAAUCCUCUCGAAAUCAUGUGCGAGCAGAUAGAGAAUCUAUUCAUCCACUGCUCGCACAGUGUUUUCGACCUGGUGUCGUGGUGCCAUUUCGCUAGGGUGGAUGAACUUCACCAGUGUUUCGGCGUCAAAGUCAUUUUAGGCACAUUUCCUAAGGAUUCUUUGUGCCCGAAAUGCGUGAAAGAGAAAGAAGCAUACGAUGCUUGGGUAGCUGCUCACGCAGCUCAUGAGGCGGCUAUGGCUAGUCAACAACAACAAGAACAGCAACAGCAGCAACAACAACAGUAAAAUCUCCAUUCUAUGGCGUGGUUGAACUGGUUCGAUGCUAUCUUGGUCAGCAGAGCGAGACUUAUUCUGUGUUGCGCUUCUUUGUGGUUGUUGAGCUGUAUGGUUGCAUGCGAGGAGUCGGGCGAGUCGAGUCAGUCUGCAUCGAUUUGGUUUUCGUGCUGUGCUUUUGGGGGGCCUGUUGUUUUCUUUCUGAGCAAUCUCGGCUCGGCAAAGUGGGUAUCGGCGGUGUUAGGGAGGUAUCUGUCUGCGUUACUCGGUGGGAGGAGAUCUGCUAUCUGGUGGGGUGGGAAUUUUGUCUAUUUGUUGAUGCGACGGGCCGGCUCGUUUCUCAUUCUAUCGCGGCUGCUUGGUGAGUGGAUGACUGAAUUCUUUGGACGAAGCUGGUCUAUGAUAUAUGUGUCUGCGUCUAAUUGUCGUCUGUGACAGCUCGUGGAGGAGUUGUUGAUCAAGCUCUGCUCCAAAUUCUGCAUCUGCUUUGUGUUGACAUACAUGAUAUCAUAUCUCUCUGUUACCAGCACAAUAUACGUGAAACCAAGCAAGAUGCAGACCUCCCCUUUUCAAACAAGCGAUACCUUGAGGUCAUACACACAAAUCUUUAUAAGAAAUACUUUCUCAAUGUCACUCCGUAUUACGCACACCGGUAGCACAACACAUAUCAUGCAAAUAUGGAUUGCAUAAUUCAUGAUAUAUAAUUGAGAUACCAGACGAGGCAACUAGAUCAGAUCUCGUUUGUUACUGCCCCAGAAAAAGAUGUUGGGGGUACAGUGCACCAUUGCUCUGCAGACUAGAUAGACAGAUAGAUAGAUAGACAGAUUGGUGAGACGACAGGACGCGAUCGGUAUGGGUGUGUUGCAGUUGAGCCAUGUGGUUUUGGGUUGUGCGAGUGGAGGUGGGGGUGGUUG